AUGACGUGGCAUGAUGAUCUAGCUGAUAGGGUACAAAACAUGAUUGGGUUCUUCUUGAGAGGAGGGGCUGGUGGUGCUCUGGGCGGAGGUGGCGCUCAGGCCGAGUGGAGGUGGCGCUCAGGCCGGGCAGAGGUGUUGCAAAAGCGGAGCAGCGCUCGAGCUGGGCAGAGGUGGCGCAGCCCGGUGGAAGCGGCGCUGCUCGGGCGGUGGUGGCUUGCCGGUGGGGCGGGAGCGGCGAUCGGAGUGCCGGGAGCGGCGCCAGAGAGACAUGCCAACGGGAGAGCACGGAGUCGGAGCCGGAGGAAAGUCGCCGGAGCCGAAGCGGGGCGGGAGCCGGAGGAAAUGCAGCGGCCGGCAGGGACUGGAGACGGAGCCGGCGGCGGCCGGAGAAACAGUAGCGGCGGCCGAAGGCCGGAGGCCGGACUGACAGGUCUGACAGGCCUGUCAGUCCGGUACCCUACGGACAAUGAUGCAAUUAGGAUGCUCUAUGAAUGUUCUUAUAUUCCAAAGGAGGCUGCAUAUCAGAUCAUCAGUGAUGAGCUUAUGCUUGAUCGCAAUCCGAGGCUUAAUUUGGCCUCUUUUGUCACAACAUGGAUGGAGCCUGAGUGUAGUAAGCUCAUAAUGGAAGCUAUCAAUAAGAACUAUGUUGAUAUGGAUGAGUACCCUGUCACUACUGAGCUUCAGAACCGGUGUGUGAAUAUAAUAGCUCGAAUGUUCCAUGCACCCAUUUCUGAUAAAGAGCAAGCUAUUGGUGUUGGGACUGUGGGAUCUUCAGAGGCUAUAAUGCUCGCUGGCCUUGCAUUCAAACGCAAAUGGCAGAACAAGAGAAAAGCCCAAGGGAAGCCUUAUGACAAGCCCAAUAUUGUUACUGGUGCCAACGUCCAGGUCUGUUGGGAGAAGUUUGCUCGGUAUUUUGAGGUGGAACUGAAAGAGGUGAAGCUGAGAGAAGGUUAUUAUGUUAUGGACCCUCGAAAAGCUGUGGAAUUGGUAGAUGAAAACACCAUUUGUGUUGCUGCCAUUUUAGGGUCUACUUAUAAUGGCGAAUUUGAGGAUGUGAAACUGCUCAAUGACCUCUUGAUGGAGAAGAACAAUAAAAACAAGUGGGACACUCCAAUACAUGUUGAUGCUGCAAGUGGUGGGUUCAUUGCACCAUUUCUGUAUCCAAAUUUGGAGUGGGACUUCAGGCUGCCAUUGGUGAGGAGCAUCAAUGUGAGUGGGCACAAAUAUGGACUUGUUUAUGCUGGAAUUGGAUGGGUUGUUUGGCGUGGCAAGCAAGACCUUCCAGAGGAGCUUAUUUUUCAUAUCAAUUAUCUUGGAGCUGAUCAACCAACGUUCACACUCAAUUUCUCUAAAGGUGCAAGUCAAGUCAUUGCUCAGUACUACCAACUCAUUCGCCUUGGGGUGCAGGGAUACAAGAGAAUCAUUGAAAACUGCAGGACAAAUGCCAAAUACUUACGUGAUAGCCUUAUAAGAACAGGGCGAUUCAAUAUGCUGUCAAAAGAGGUGGGUGUACCUCUAGUUGCCUUCUGUCUGAAGGACACGCUCAAGUACAAUGAACAUGAUCUUUCAGAACACCUGAGAAGGUUUAAGUGGGUGGUGCCUGCGUAUAAUAUGGCUGCAGAUGCUCAGCACAUAAGCCUUCUGCGUGUGGUCAUUCGUGAGGCUUUCAGCAGAAGCUUGGCUGACAGGCUUGUCCAAGACAUUCACGCAUUUUUGAAUGAAUCCAUUGAAGCCAGAGAAGGAGAAGGAGAAGGGAGGUAA